AAGCAAAUUGUUUCCAAUGAAACAACACAGGAAACCCAGUGUUGACAUCAUAAAGUCUUGAAUGUCCUAGAAACACCCAGAACCCCUUCGCAACCAACCAUUGUGGCCAACCAAUCUGUUACAUAGUGGUGGCAAGUUCUGUGCCGACAAGUACCGCUCCAUAUUCUUUAGUUUAUAAAAUGUAAACAUCUUGUGCCUUUCAACAUUUAUUUAAGUAGUAGCCAUUUUUAUGUUACUUAUUUUAGAAUUACGAAUAUAUAAUCUAUAAAUAAUCCUGUAUCUCAUUCACUAGAUACCAUUUAUUAUUCCUUAAUGGUGUUUCUCAAGUUUACUUUAUGGUGUGUAAUUUAAUAUAUACUAUCAGAUCGGAAUAAGAACUAAUGAGUAGUUAGUAGCGUAGAAAAAAAAUAAAAACACUAGUUACAUUAGUUAACCUUACUAAUCACGACUGGACUUCUUACCAGCACAGGUAGCACCAAACAAACUAGUUCGUUUUGUAUGGAGAAAUAAAUAAAUAAUUAAAAUUGAUCGUCUGUAUGUGGAGUGAAAACCUAAUGAAUCUCAGUCAGUUAAAUAGGAUCAAAUCAGUUCCAGUUGACAGGGAUUAAACUAAUGUUAUUUUAAGAAACCCUUCAUAACGCGAUUAAGCAGGAUUUGCCGGUGAUCCUCUCGACACUUUCUGUCAUCGUGUGUUUGUCAUUCCAGGCGCGUGCACAGAAGUAGUGUGUGUAGUUAAGUCUUUUCUUACUCAUCUUCCAGGUCUUUUCUAGCCACUAAACGACUAUUUUGAUAUUAACUUUCGUUUUUAUUAAUUUAUUUUGCCGUACACUCAACAGUCAGUUCUCUGAUUGGCUGCUGCAGGAAAGAAAGGAAAAUGAUUGGUGGAAGAUUUCUUUAUGUCCAGUACUGACACCUCACUGUGCCUCACAGCACCGACACUGUAGAAGCACGUGCACCUGCUGGGCUGCUAUCUCGUUUCUGCACUAAAGGGGAAAUGCAGUUUCAUCAACACUGUUAAAGAACUUUGAAUUCAUAUCAGGGUGGAGGUUUGCAUAAUUUGCAAAUGCCGAUAAGUGACAUGUGGCAAGAUGGCACUGGCCUCGACACAAUGGGCGAGAUUGACAGUAAUGGCAGCUGUGACAGUGUGGUCAGCUUCAACUCAUGCUUUAGUGAUGAAAGUAUGGAGUAUCUCUCUGCCGAGGAGAGGGCUUGUCUCAUGUACCUAGAGGAGACCAUUCAGUCACUGGAUACAGAGGAUGACAGUGGCCUAUCCAAUGACGAAUCUUAUCAGCUGCCAGCUCGAGGAAAUGUAGCUAACAAAGCAGCCCACCUCUCCUCGUCGACAAGACCCAACAAGCUCCCUAGUCAAGAUGUUCCCAAAAGCCAAUUUGAAAGUCCAUUGUCAUCUAGCAGCUUGGUGCAAAAUGAAAUUCUGAAUUAUAUGGUUCCUACUCCAUUUGUCCUUGCAAACCGCAGCUCACGAAUCCAACACAAACCUGAAUUAACUGCAUCCCAGAAAAAAACUGCAAUCAAAGUGGCUUGUGAAAGUAACCAGCUCCAUGAAGAAGCUCCAAAGGUUCCCUCAGAGGUCAAUGUGUUAGUGAUACCACCUCCAUAUAAAAUCAAUAGCAGUAAAGAAACAAUGGAAAAACAACAAAAUAAAUCUCAACCAGAGAAUGUGGCACGUAGAGGACCACUCUCUUAUGAAGCACUUGUACAUCUGCGAAAGAGUGCUUCCAUGCGGAGAACCAAUGCAACUGAAGACAAAACCGAAGAACAGCGGGUUUCUACAAAUAAAGAUCAAAGCAUCUCUGCAUCCCAAACUCAUACCCAGAACUCACAGGCCUUGACAAGUAGGAACUCCAAGCCCACUCCUCCACCUGUCGCACCUAAACCUAAAUUGAAAACCCCACACAAAGUCCCAAUGAACCAGGAAGAAGACUCCAACUCCAAGAUCCACUCAACCAUGUCUUACCCAGGGGUAUUGUCUGUAGAUAAAUUAAUGAACCCAGAGAAAGUAAGAGUAGAGGCUCUUUGCAAGCUGGGUCUCCUUAAGGAUACAAAGAACCCAAUCUGUCAACAACUAAAGCAUUCACAUUCCCCAACAAACAAAGAGCAAAACCAGACCACAAGUGAACGUCUUGCCCCAUGUGUUCCUGGAGAACAAAUAAACCAGCCAUUACAAAGUUGCAGCACUUUCCACCAAAGGUGCAACCUCUCUACAGCUUCAUCUCAUCUGCAACAUGCCGAUAUGACUUCAACCGGGACAUCUGCCACACUGGAACACGCUGGGACUGUACUGUCAAGUUCUAACAUCACAGUAUUGAAUGUAAAUUCUCAGGACUACCAAUCAGGUUCUUCUCCAAUAGGGGCCAAAAACCACUUUACAGACACCCUAAUGAAUUCUAAGGAUUCUAAUGCAUCGGUAUCCACAAAAAAGGAAUUGCAUGCAUCAUCUCGUUCCAAAGGCCACAUUGUGCCAGUUCCCAGCAUUGGAAGAGAUCGGAGAGAGGCAUUACGAAAACUAGGAUUGCUGAAAAACUGAAAUUUGCUGACUGUGACAGUGCUGCUGUAUACAACCUCUUGCAGACACCAGUAUUUUAACCAUUUUUAAAACAUGAAUCAAUCUCUAGCCUGCUAAGAUUCUGGUAUGGUGAUUUUGUUGUUUGUUUUGGCAUCUGACGGAGCGUUUGGACCCAGCAGAAACUGUGAUGCAUGAUGUCAGACUUAACAACCGAUUAAUAAAAGUAUGCAAUUUUAUAAUGUUAAAAGCCAUUGGUAGGCUGACUCUUCUGAAACCUGUAAAAACAUCCUCACCAACAUUAGCUCAACCAAUGGCAUGGGUUUUGGGCAUUUGAUGGAUCAAUGCCCAUUAUUUUUCAGUUCUGUUUGGUAGCAGUAGUUGCAAAGAAAUAGCACAGUUAACUUUUAUCAAUUUAAAGUAAUACAGUGUUGCAAUUAACUUUUAGAUGAUUUAUUACUGAAUCAUUGACUAUAACACUUGGAUGCCUUUGCCUAAUUUAGCACUGAAGAUUAAGAUGAUUCUGUAUGUUUACCUUUCCAGGUAAACCUAAGUAUCUUUCAAUACUUUUCUAACUACAUCUAAGUAGAUUAGCAAUUAGCCUUAAAUUACGCUUUGAUCUUGCUAUUGGAAGCCUGCUCCUAAUCUGUGUUUAUGAAUCAUGAAUUUUUUUUUUUAUAUAUAUAUGUUUGAGUAUGUCUGCAUCACCAGAGACUGAUGAACCUGAAGAAGCCAGGCUCCCAAAGAUCAGCUAUCAGUCAAACUCCUCAUUUUACACGCCGGUCAGUGAGAUCUGACACAGCACUUCAGUGGAUUAGCACAUUAUCUUGGGUUGCAACCAACAGACUGGUGUUCAUGUUACCUGGCCUUUCAGAUUCAUCUGUCAUUAAAGUUCUUUAUCUCAGAA